CAGCGUUUCCGCGGGCUCUUGCUGAACGCACCAAUCGGCGCUGAGUCGCCCGAAUAAAAUGCGGAGCCCUUCUGCUCGCGUCUCAUUGAUAACACAACUAAAGCAGACAACAGGAUGGCGAGAACUAAGCAGACGGCCCGCAAGUCCACUGGCGGCAAAGCCCCUAGGAAGCAGCUAGCCACAAAAGCUGCCCGCAAAAGCGCACCAGCCACCGGCGGCGUCAAGAAGCCUCACCGCUACCGACCCGGUACCGUGGCCCUCCGAGAGAUCCGUCGUUAUCAGAAGUCCACCGAACUUCUCAUCCGCAAACUCCCGUUCCAACGUCUGGUCAGGGAGAUUGCUCAGGACUUCAAGACCGACCUGCGUUUCCAGAGUUCGGCUGUCAUGGCGCUGCAGGAGUCAAGCGAGGCUUAUUUGGUCGGUUUGUUUGAAGACACCAAUUUGUGUGCUAUUCAUGCCAAGCGGGUGACCAUCAUGCCCAAAGACAUCCAGUUGGCCCGCAGAAUCCGCGGGGAGAGGGCUUGAACUGCUUCCGCGUACGACCACAACGGCUCUUUUAAGAGCCACUAAACUUGUUUCUGAAUGACAAAUUCCUUGAUACCUAGUAGAAACCUAUGAAUAUUGCACUUCGAUCCAUAGUGGUGUGUGUUGUUCUAUUACUAAAUUAAAGUGGACCAGGUGAUACGUACAUUUUUAUUCAAGUCAAGAUUGUCGUAUCUCUUGAUACCAGCAGAGUUUGCUAGACAGAGUAGCCGAAAAUUGUACUCAAGUAAGAGUGGCAUUACUUCAAGAUGAUUCUAAAGUACAAGUAGUCAUCCAAAAAAUGUACUCAAGUAUCAGGUGAAAUAAUACUCAAGUUAUGAGCAACACUUAACCGCUUGUUUUUUUUUUUUUGUUUUUUUUGUUUUUUUAAACGUUUUUUUUCUCUGCCCAAAGUGAACUUAUUAUACUGUACAAUAAAUAACCCAUUGCAAUAAGCCAGAUAAAUACAAAAAGAAUUACUGAAUUCCAGCAAGAAAAAAAAUUACAAAAUUGAAGCAUCAUUCAUCCAAAGUAGGGAUGGAAAAACCGAGGCUUUCCGGAACAACUUUUGAGACAAUUGCCCUAAAUUGAAUCAGUUUCGAGGCGUUUGACACACUGCAAGAGCUCCAUCUACUGGACAAACUGCACGUUUCUUUUUAAAACUAUGGACAAACUGCACGUUUCUUUUUUAAACUAAACUUCUUAAAUUGCCUCAGCAUUGCAUAUCUUCAAUAGAAUCGGGGCCGGCCCAGGCCAUUUGGGGGCCCUGAGCAAAAUAAUGCAAAGGGGCCCAUAUUUUUGGCCCACCAUUUCAUCUCUACUGGACAAACUGCACGUUUCUUUUUUUAAACUAUGGACAAACUGCACCUUUCUUUUUUAAACUAAACUUCUUAAAUUGCCUCAGCAUUGCAUAUCUUCAAUAGAAUCGGGGCCGGCCCAGGCCAUUUGGGGGCCCUAAGCAAAAUAAUGCAAAGGGGCCCAUAUUUUUGGCCCACCAUUUCAUCACAGUGUACACACAUGACACACAUGACAGUGAAACCCAUACAUGCAAUCCAACCCAUACGUCCAUAUUUUGUAUAUUAAUCAGAUUUUGUUGCACUGCAUACUUCAAACUUCUCACCCCAAAUGAUUGUCAGUACUUAUGUAACGGGGGUAUAUCAAACUUGCAAAUAUUGUAUGUUUUGUAUUUUAUAAUUACACAAAAUUGAUUAUUAAAAAUUGAAACCCACCGGUCACACUUACAGUAGAUAGCGCCAAACCUUUUUCUAAAAGAGGAAAGAAAGAAGUUAAGGAAGAACUUUUAUUUUUUUUAAGGUUGUAAUCAAGUAUCAAAACUCACAAAAGUCAAAUAAAGCAAACUGUAGUAAACAAAAUAGAAUUUAAAUUAAACAAUUGCCAGAUUGAGGGCCCCCUAGUGGUCAGGGGCCCUAAGCAGCUGCAUAGUCUGCGUAUUGCUGGGCCGGCCCUGAUGAUAGAAUUAAGUGGAUGUCGUUUAUUUCAA